AUGGACUCAUCGUGCAUUGAUUUUGUUAUGUUCAACAGUCAGGGACAACACGAUGAAGGCAACACCAUGUCACGUCUUCCAUGGAAGAGGGUGAGAGACGAAGACGAAGAGCUUGCCAACUGUCUUGUGUUGCUGUCCAAUUCAGGAAAGAAUGCUUACAACAACAACGAGCACCGACACAUCAAAGAUAAAACCGUGAAAAAGCAAAAAACCGGACAUGUUUUCCAAUGCAAAGGUUGCAAGAAAGUGUUUGCGUCGCAUCAGGCAUUGGGUGGACACAGGGCGAGCCACAAGAAAGUGAAAGGUUGUUUUGCCUCUCAAGAUAAAGAAGAGAGGGAGGAAGAAGAGGAGGAAUAUAAAGAAGAAGACGACGAUGAUGAGGAGGAGGAAGAGGAAGAAGAAGACAAGCCACACAUCAUCACAAGAAAGAAAUCUAACGCUCACGAAUGCACAAUCUGCCAUCGCGUAUUCUCAUCGGGACAAGCUUUGGGAGGUCACAAGAGAUGUCAUUGGUUAACACCUUCCACUAAUUAUCUUCGUAUGACGCCACUAAAUGAUUCUUCUACUCAUCAUCAUCAUCAUCGUUCUCAGCCGCUAGAUGAUCAACCAUCUCUAGAUCUCAACUUAGCUUGCCCCGUUGAUCCAACGGUCAUGAGCGUAGGGAGAGAUGGUGGUGGCAACAAUCACAAUGCUACUUCUUCUAAUUCAUGGCUAAAACUCGCUAGUGGUGACUGGUCUUGA